GAAGCUAAAAAGGUGAAGUUGGCAGCAAUAGAAUUCACUGAUUAUGCCAUUGUUUGGUGGGAUAAAUUGGGUAUUAAUAGGAGGAAUAAUGGAGAGAGGCCUGUAACAACUUGGAGCGAAAUGAAAGCUCUAAUGAAGAAGAGAUUUGUUCCCAACCAUUAUUUUAGAGAGCUUUAUCAAAAGUUGCAGACCCUUACACAAGGUCCUAGGAGUGUAGAGGAGUACAAUAAGGAGAUGGAAUUGGCCAUGAUAAGAGCUAAUGUGCAAGAAGAUAGAGAAGCAACAAUGGCCCGAUUUCUAAGUGGGUUGAACAAAGAUAUAGCUGAUAUAGUUGAAUUGCAUCAUUAUGUAGAACUAGAAGACAUGGUGCAUAUGGCUAUUAAGGUGGAAAAGCAACUCAAGCGAAAAGGUGCUUCAAAAUUUCAUUCUGGAUCAACUUCUUCUUUCAAACAGAAUUGGAAGAAAGGAGAAAAAGCUAUCCAAAAGGAGACCACUAGAGGCAAAGAAGAAGCUUCAUCAAAGAGCAAAGGUAAAUCUGAUUCCCAAACUUCUAGAAAUAGGGAUAUAAAAUGUUUCAAGUGUUUGGGUACAGGUCAUAUUGCUUCUCAAUGCCCCAACAAGAGAGUUAUGAUUCUGAAAAAUAAUGAAGUUGUGACUGAAAGUGAGAGUGAAAGUGAUGACUCCAUGCCCCUACUUGAAGAUGCUAGUGAUGAUGGGAUUGAGUAUGCUGUGGAAGGAGAAUGCCUUGUGGUUAGAAGAGCCUUGAAUUGUCAAGUGAAGGAAGAUGAGUUGAAUGAGCAAAGGGAAAAUAUUUUCCAUACUCGCUGCCUCAUUAAUAACAAGGUAUGUAGUUUGAUAAUUGAUGGUGGGAGUGUUACAAAUGUUGCAAGCACUACAAUGGUUGAGAAAUUACAUUUGCCCACUGUUAGACACCCUAGACCAUACAAGCUGCAAUGGCUGAAUGAAUGUGGGGAGAUUAAAGUUGAUAAGCAAGUUCUUGUUUCUUUUUCAAUUGGGAAGUAUUGUGAUGAAGUAUUAUGUGAUGUUGUUCCUAUGCAUGCUGGACAUAUACUUUUGGGAAGACCUUGGGAAUUUGAUAGAAAGGAAUAUGUUGAUGUGUUCCCAGAGGAGAUUCCACCUGGAUUACCACCCAUUAGAGGAAUUGAGCAUCAAAUUGAUUUCAUUCCAGGAGCAACAAUUCCUAAUAGGCCAGCCUAUAGAAGCAAUCCAGAAGAGACAAAGGAACUUCAAAGGCAAGUGGAAGAGCUCAUGGCAAGGGGAUAUGUUAGAGAAAGCUUGAGUCCUUGUGCUGUUCCGGUACUUUUGGUCCCAAAGAAAGAUGGAACUUGGAGGUUUGUGGUGAGUGCUAAAGGAAUAGAAGUUGAUGAAGAAAAGAUAAGAGCUAUUAAAGAAUGGCCAACACCUAAAAGCAUAACUGAGGUGAGAAGCUUUCAUGGUUUGGCUAGUUUUUAUAGGCGCUUUGUCAAAGAUUUUAGCACACUUGCUGCACCACUCACUGAAGUUAUUAAAAAGUCUGUUGGUUUUAAAUGGGAUAAAGAACAAGAUGUUGCAUUCAUUAGGCUUAAGGAUAAAUUGUGUUCUGCACCUGUAUUAGUAUUGCCUAACUUUAACAAAACUUUUGAGAUUGAAUGUGAUGCAUCUGGAGUUGGAAUAGGAGCUGUUUUGAUGCAGGAAGGAAAGCCAAUUACUUAUUUUAGUGAAAAGUUGAAUGGAGCAGCCUUGAAGUAUCCAACAUAUGACAAGGAGCUCUAUGCACUUAAAAGAGCAUUAGAGAAUUGGCAACACUACCUUUGGCCUAAACAAUUUGUAAUUCAUACUGAUCAUCAAUCUUUGAAGCACAUUAAGGGUCAAGGUAAGCUGAACAAGAGACAUGCAAGGUGGCUGGAAUUUAUUGAGACAUUUCCGUAUGUCAUCAGAUACAAGAAAGGUAAAGAAAAUGUGGUGGCUGAUGCAUUGUCAAGAAGGAUUGAUGGGUACUUGUUUAAAGAAAACAGAUUGUGUGCGCCUCAAUGUUCUUUGCGAGAAUUACUUGUGAGAGAAGCACAUGGGGGAGGAUUAAUGGGUCACUUUGGUGUGAAAAAGACUUUGGAUGCUUUGCAUGAACAUUUCUUUUGGCCUAAAAUGAAACGUGAUGUGGAAAGAAUCUGUGCUAAAUGCAUAACUUGUAAAAAGGCUAAAUCUAGAGUCUUGCCACAUGGUUUGUACACCCCAUUACCUGUGCCUAGUGAACCUUGGGUAGAUAUAUCAAUGGAUUUUAUUUUGGGUUUACCUAGGUCAAGAAAGGGUAUGGAUUCCAUAUUUGUGGUUGUCGAUAGAUUUUCUAAAAUGGCACAUUUCAUUGCUUGCCAUAAAACUGAUGAUGCCACAUACAUUGCUGAUUUGUUCUUUAAGGAAAUUGUAAGACUUCAUGGUGUUCCUAAAAGUAUUGUUUCUGAUAGGGAUACAAAAUUCUUGAGUCAUUUUUGGAGGAUUUUGUGGGGUAAGCUGGGUACUAAAUUAUUGUUUUCUACUGCUUGCCAUCCACAAACUGAUGGACAAACUGAGGUAGUUAAUAGAACUUUAACUCAAUUGCUUAGAACUGUGAUUCAAAAGAACUUGAAGAAUUGGGAAAAUUGCUUGUCAUUCAUUGAAUUUGCUUACAAUAGGAGUGUGCACUCAUCUACUGAUUAUUCUCCUUUUGAAAUAGUGUAUGGUUUUAAUCCACUAACUCCCUUGGAUUUAUUACCAUUGCCUAUGGUGUGGGUGCAUAUGAGGAAAGAAAGAUUUCCAGCUCAAAGAAAGUCCAAAUUAGCUCCAAGAGGAGAUGGUCCAUUUCAAGUGCUUGAAAGAAUCAAUGACAAUGCUUACAAAAUU